UGAAACUUGCUUCCAGGACAGUAAAAGCAACGUGAGGCAAAGCUGUAAGGGGCUAAGACAGAGUAAGAGCGGGCUGUAGGCAGUAAGUGCUCAUGAGCUUGGAUUGGCAUGUAUACCAUCUUAGUCUUCAGCCUAAUGAUUGCAUCCUAUGAUUCCAACAAGAAUGACCUGAGAAAGAGCAGCUGCCUCGUGGAACAGCUGCCUAGCUUCUUUCCAAAGAAUGUGAGGAGCAACAAGGAUUUGGUAAUAAGAGUUCUUCCAGAAAUUCACACAGACAUCAAAGAGGCUGUAGUCAUCCAAAAUCAGACUCUAGCUACCCUGCAGUGCCUCAACUCCAGGAGGAGUGUGAGAGUCCACCUUGUAUAUUCAGAGAGAAGGCCAAAGGUCAAGUAUACUCUGAAGAACAUGGCAGUCACUGCUGACCCCCACAGAAACGGCACUCCGUCCCCAAGCUGCCAGCUCAUGCCCACAUCCCAGUUUCAGAACGGAUUCAUUCUAAGAGCUUUUUUGCCAGGGAUCUCUCGAUGCAUGGCAUACCCAGCGAAGGGCAGAUCUGCCUCAUCAGAGAUGGAGCCUAUCACUACCACCUCUACAACUCCUAGAAGUGAAGGACAGAAAACUACAAGCACUGGAACUUUUCCCAUCCCUUUGACACAAGACACCGAUAUGUACCUAAAGAAGAGGCAGCAAUGGAGCAUUGUAAUCAAGGCUCUGAUUGCUGCUACUCUGCUGCUCAGUGGCGUCAUCAUUAUAGUAUUUGUCAUCUUUGAAGUUCCAUGCCCGAGUCCAUGCCUCAGAGUCAGACGGCUGUGCCAAUGCCACAGGCUAUGGAGAAGGAAAAUGAAGGAAGACCAGCAAUCUGGGACAAAUGAGUCCCACCUGGACUCUCAGCCUGAGAAGGGAAAAAACAAUGUUGUUCCUAACUCUUCAGACUCAAACAAAACUCCAGGCAUCACCAUAAUCCACCAGACAUACUUCUGAGUUCUGCCUCACCGCACUCUGACUGCAAGGGAUGUCUUCCACACCAACGUCUCCUUAUAGCGAAUCAGACACAUGUCUUCACAGGGACAUUAUCAUCAAAUGAGAUGCCAGGACACUGAAGGCAGACCCUGGGUUGAGCAGAUCUACCCUCAUGCCACUGCAGCUGACACAGCCAUAAGCUCUGUGAUUCACUUUGUACAUCCACAGCCAGGUUCUCCUUCCAUCCCAGCAAUGAAGAUGAAGUCCUUGCCUCCAGGCGUUAAGGAAGGGAUGUGGCGCUUGCUCUGAUGAAAGACUAACGCAGCCUCCCAAGAUCUGAAGCUGAUAGGGUGGUACAUUCCAACUCCUCCCUUACUCUCCCAGCUUCUUUGUGCUCAGAGGAUGUCCACCAGGGGCACCUGCCCGCCCAGGGCUCAUGAUUUAUGAUUUAGCCUGUCGGUAUAUACACAGCUAUCAACAGCCUGGUAAAGGGAACCCAGCCUUAAGAUUCCCCAAAGCCCUUCUUAAUAAGUCAUUCCUACAGUGUUUCAGGAGAGCAGAAACACAGCAUUCGAAUGAAACCUGAAAGUUUAAAAUUCCUAAAGUAGAUCUGAUGUUAUGCUUUUUUUUCUUCUUCUUUUCUGGCACUGUAAUUUGGACCAAAGUCCUCACACCGCAAAUGCCCUACCUCUGAGCUAUAUAGUAAGCCCUUUUUGUAAAAGUAACUUUUACUUUGAGACAGGGUCGCACCAGGUUACCAUGACCUGGAACUCUCUGAGUAAGCCUUGAUCUUUCAGCUCUCUUGCUUCAUUCAGCCUCUAAGAGGAGCUGGCAAUACAAGAGUGCACCAUCAGGCCUGCCUAUGCCUUAUUUAAUUUUUGUUGUUGUUUUGGUUUUCAAGACAGAGUUUCUCUGUGUAGCAUUAGCUGUCCUAGACUCUUUUUGUAGAUCACAGAGAUCCACCUGCCUCUGCCUUCCUAAAUGCUGGGAUUAAAGGUGAGCACCACCACCACCUGGCAAUACCUUACUUAACUUUAAUUUUUAUUUUUUUGAAACAAGAUUUUAUGUUUGUAGCCUAGGCUGGCCACCAACUUCCUAUGUAGCUGAGAAUCACCCUGAACUCCUGACCUUCCUGCCUUCACCUCCUGGCUAGGCAUUGUUUUUACCAAACACUUCAAUGCAACUGCCAACGAGUCCUCAUAUGCCAGCAUAUGAGCUGCAUAUAGUUUUGAUAAGGACUCCAGCACAAAAUGAUUAUAAGAUAAUCCCUCCCACAGGGGCACAGCUAUGAAUAAACUGCUUAAAUAAGAGUUCAGUGAGGGCUGGGCAGUGGUGGCACAUACCUUUAACCCCAGCACUCAGGAGGCAGAGGCAGGAAGAGGCAAGCAGAUGUCUGAGUUCAAGGUCAGCCUUGUCUACAGAGUGAGUUCCAGGACAUCCAUGGCUACACAGAGAAACCCUGUCUUGACAAGGAGGGGGGGGGAGUUCAAUGAGAAAGCAGAAAUAGGGACUGAAGCAACUGAAGUAAUGAAUGGUGUUGUCCUGUCUCUUACCCUACGACUGUAAAACCACUCCAACUGCCAAAUGUUCUUUCUUCAAAUACAUAUUAUUCCAUAUAUAAAUAUAUAUGUUAUGUGUAUGUAGGUCCAAGGAUGACUUUUAGCUCAUGAUCUUCCUGCCUCCCACUUCCCUUGCACUGGGAUUAAAACCAUGUGUCACCAGGCCUGGCAAGUCAUUCUGUUUGCUUAGUUCUCUAGAAGACGGUGCACAAAGUCUAACCUUCCUCCUUCCACUUUAAGUACUGUUCCCAACACAAUUCUUUAAAGUGUACUAACUAAGCAGGGAACAGGCUGAGCCAAGAAGAAAGGACCAACACAAAGCAAUGGUGAGUCAGUUUCCUGGAAGAGCUGAAGAACCUCUCAAAUUCCACAGAACACACUCUCAGCAGACAGAGGACAAAAGACUGUGUGUGGUGUUGGAGGUGUGAGUGGAUCAUCUGCACCUACUAGGGAUUCAAAGCAUCGCCUCAAGUUUAUCUGACAUCUGUUAUUUCACUUGACUGUAUACUUGAGCAAGAAAUGACUGCUCUUUCCCAGGUCUAGAGUAUUAAAAAGAGUCUAUUUGAUCCUAGGAUUAAUGCCAGCAACCAUCCCUACCCUCACCCACAACAGAAUGUCCCAUAACCCGGAAACACGAGAUUUCCUAGAAGAUGAAAUGGCUGAGUCUUUGCUCAUCGGUUUGUUCCUCUGCAAGAGUAAAAUCUGGGUAGCAUCUGUACUGACUUCCUUCAUGGAAAUUGACUCGGUCAAAACUGUGCAUUUUGUCUGGAGACAGUUGUCUUCCUAAGGAUUUCACUACCUAAUCAGUUAACAGCUUUGAACCACUCCCCCCACCCCCCGGUUGGAGGGAGGAUUUUAAAAACCAGGAGAUGAGAGAGAGAGAGAGAGCAGAGAAGAAGGGGGAACUCCUGUGUGGACUUUGGGAUGUGGACUUCGGUCUGCAGAUUGCUCCAGAGUCAGACACAAAUGCUCGGGUCAUCAUUUUAGAUGAUGCUCUUAUAAAACACUUCAGUGUAACUGCCAAUGAGCCCUCUGCCUGCUGCCAAAUUUCCGUUGAGAAUUCUUUCUCAUUAAAAUAUCAUAUAUUGUUUUUCUGA